AUGGCGUCGGUCAUGCCUAAGCCCGCCACACGCAUUGGCGUGCGUUCUCGUAACGCUCAUACUCCCGUCGGGCGACUUGCGACUUCGAAAGCCAAAACUUCAGGUUCGAUCUCCAUAAACCGACCUGUCAAUCGUCCACAGCCAAAUGGAAUGUCCCAACAACCGCGACCUACUGCGCCGGCAAAGCAGUCAUGUCCCAAUCCAAGUUGUGACAACCCAAAUGUUACUGAAGAUGGUGGAAACAUAAUCUGCGCAAGCUGUGCUACAGUUAUCAGUGAGGCCAAUAUCGUUUCAGAAAUCACCUUUGGUGAAACCUCUUCCGGCGCUGCUAUGGUCCAGGGUACCUUCGUCGGAGAAGAUCAGACCCAUACACGCAGUUUCGGUCCGGGUUUCCAGCGAGGUGGUGGUAUGGAGAGUCGAGAGAUGACCGAAGUGCAUGGUAAUCAAUUUAUCAGCCAAGUAUCACGGGCAUUGAACCUUCCCGAGAGCGCUUCGAAGGCCGCUGGUCAAAUUUUUAAGCUCGCCGUUGGAAUGAACUUUAUUCAAGGUCGCCGCACAAAAAACGUCGCUGCCGUCUGUCUCUACAUUGCCUGUCGUCGCCAGAACGGGAAUACAGCUAUGCUAAUUGACUUUUCCGAUGUUCUCAUGAUUAACGUUUUCAACCUCGGCCGAACCUACAAAGCCCUUCUUGACGAGCUGCGCUUGAGCGGCAGCGUUUUUAUUAUGAAUCCAACUGAUCCAGAGAGCCUUAUCUACCGAUUUGCCAAACAACUUGAAUUUGGCUCCUCUACCAUGGCCGUUGCCGGUGAAGCCUGCCGCAUUGUGCAGCGAAUGAACCGUGACUGGAUGACCGUUGGCCGACGUCCAGCUGGUAUAUGUGGUGCAGCAUUGAUCCUGGCGGCGCGUAUGAACAACUUCCGCCGAACCAUCCGCGAAGUCGUUUAUGUCGUCAAAGUGACUGAAGUCACUAUCAGUGAGCGUUUGAACGAGUUCGGUUCCACAGAGAGUGGUGACUUAACAGUCGAUGAGUUCCGCUCUGUCAGCCUUGAAAGUGAAAAGGAUCCCCCCGCUUACACUCGGGCGUCGAAGGGCCGCCUGUCCAAACGCCUCAAGCAGCCAGAGACAUAUGUUGAAAGAGGUGAUCCGGUAGAAAAUGACGACGAUAAUGGCGAGGAUGGAACGCCCCAGCCUUGGCCCGUUGAUGCCGAUGGCUUUGCCAUUCCCAGACUCCCAAUCGACCCAGCCCUAACGGCUCUUGAUGGGGCCGUGGAACAGGCUAAGGGUAAAAAGAAAGAAGAGCAGUGCAAAAAGAGCAAACAGCCUCUCCCCACCCCAACUUCGGAGCAGAUUGCGUCUGAAGAAGCCUUGGAAGAAGAAAUGCGACUCAUGCUGGACAACGGAGAGAUGUUAGCAAAGGUCGAAAAACAUAUCCCCGACACUGCUGAAAUCGAAGAAACAGAAUUCGAAAGUGACCCUGAAGUGCAAAACUGUCUCCUUUCGUCCACCGAGAUCGACCUCAAAGAACUAGUAUGGGUCCACGAAAAUAAGGAAUGGCUCCGUUUCCAACAGCAAAAGGCCUUGAAGCGCGCCCUUGAUGAAGCAAAUCCACACAAAACUUCUCCCCGCAAAUCCCGCAAGCGUCGCAAGGGCCGCAUGGGCGAUGUUGGCUAUCUGGAGGGUGAUGAAACUUCUGGACGUUCCCGGGCCCUUACCCCCGCUGAGGCUACACGACGAAUGUUAGAAAUGCGUGGGUUCAGUAAGAAAAUCAACUAUUCUGCUCUGGAUAACCUGUACGGCGGGAAGAACGGACCUCCUAGCGACUACGAGGAACCUGGAAGUGGACCGCCCGGCGACAACGGUGGUGGUCGAAGCCGUAGUGGCAGCGCUAUCACUUCGCGUCGCAGUGCCAGUCUUGUUUCGGAAGAAACAUUGGGCCCAUAUGUUCGUCGUCGGGGAAGAUUGCCGGCAACUGCAAAGGUACCUGUUGAAGCGCCAGCUCCACAACAGCCGACUCCACCAUCGACAGCACCUGCGGGAAUUUCCAUCAGUGAUGAAGUUGUUAUUGAAGAAGGUACCGGUUCCAAGCAGCCUGAUAUCGAUGAAGUGGAGGAUGACGAGGCAGAUUACGCCGAAGACGACAAUCUGGACGACGCAUUUGCUGGCGCUUACAAGCACAGUGACAAUUACGGCAUUGACAAGAAUGGCGAUGACUACGCUGACGACAAUUACGCUAGUGACUACGACUAUGGAUCCGAUUAG